UAGAAAAUUAAAAAAUUGUGUCUUGAUUCUGAGUUUGAUCGGAAAAAAAUCGCUUACUUGGCUCUUGUUAUGCAUGAGCUGAGAAUGGGUUACAAACAAUCGCUGUUACAACGUUUGCAACAAUUCGAAAUGUCGGCCUAUCAAAAAUCCGAAACGCAAGCCAUGAAAAACGAAACGGAUGGCAAUACUCCGGCGGCCGGUGCCGUCGGUGUCAACGUUACCGAUUUUAGUAUACAACGGAUACUAGGUGAUUCGCCAGAAAAACCCAAACCCUCUCAAUCGCCUCAAACCUCCAGCAGUUCUCUUACCCAGGAUACCCCUCCCAGCAGUCCCAAACUUUAUGCUCCGGUGGCCACAAAGGCCUCGCUUUCGGCAGUCACAGAUAUUUUGGAUUUAUCCAAGACCAAGGCAACAGGAACAAACCUCUCGGCCAACAACCCAAAUUCUGGCAUGGAUUUUCCCUAUGGCACCCCGAAUUUCUCCUAUCCCGCAAUACAUUCCAACAUUUUGGCUGCGGUGGCGGCACAAAAAUUCUAUGCCCAAUUUUUGCCGCACAUGUUCUCGGCCGGCCCAGCAACACCGGCAGUGAUGGCGGGACUUUAUAACCAAAUACCACAACUGCAACGCUCCCCAGUCUCCGUCCCCUCCUCCACCUCCUAUCAAAAGCGUUAUUUUGCCCCCUAUGUUUUGAACAACAACAAUGCGCAAAAAUCAAACCCCACACAAAGCCCCCUGACACCACCCACCCCCACAUCUCUCACAACACAAUCAACCACACAUUGUCAGCCGGCGACAGCAACAACUACACCAACAAAAUAUCUCUGCUCUCGCUUGGAUUGUGCCGAAUGUUUGGAUACCUAUUACAAGGCACCCCACACAAAUGCCGUCGGCUACGCCUACAAGAGUCCCAUAUUAUCACCCACAGCUUCGACAAUCAGCUCCAGCAGUUCAUAUCAUUCCAAGGUACAAAAAGAUGUCCUCUUAUCGUCUUCAAAUAUUUCGCUAACUUCGGUGACAAAUAUUCAUUUGAAUGCGGGCAAAGCCACAGUGGCGGCAUCUACUCAUAUGGCCUCGUUGUUUGAGAGUCGUGGCACCAUCUCCAAUAAUUCGGAGGAGAUCAGCUAUAAAUGUCGGAUAUGUGAUAAGGUUUUUGGAUGUUCGCAGACAUUGCAGGCCCAUGAGAAAACCCACAAAUCACCGCGCUACGAGUGCACUGACUGCGGCAAGGGCUUUUCCCAGCUGCGCAACUACAAAUACCACUUGUCGGUGCAUCGGGGAACCAAAGAAUUUGCGGCUGAAUGUCCGGAAUGUGGCAAGACAUUCAACGACAAGGGGUACCUGAGCAGUCACAUGAAAAUCCAUCGCAAUAAAAAGGAAUACGAAUGUCCGUACUGUCCGAAAUCGUUCAAUCAACGUGUGGCCUUUAAUAUGCAUGUGCGCAUUCAUACCGGUGUCAAGCCUCACAAAUGUGCGGAGUGUGGCAAACGUUUUUCGCGCAAAAUGCUGCUGAAGCAACACAUGCGCACGCAUAGUGGCGAAAAGCCAUAUCAAUGUUCCGUUUGUGGUAAAUCAUUUGCCGAUCGCAGUAAUAUGACCCUACAUCAUCGUCUGCAUUCGGGCAUUAAGCCAUUCAAUUGUCCCAUCUGCCCGAAGGCAUUCACCAAGAAGCAUCAUCUGAAGACUCACCUGAACUAUCAUACCGGUUGCAAGCCCUAUGUCUGUCCACAUCCGAAUUGUAAUCAGGCAUUUACCCAAUCGAGUAAUAUGCGAACUCAUGCCAAAAAAUGUCAAUAUCGACCGUUACAGAUGACACAAUUUCCAGCGGCAGCUGUAGCUUCGUCUGGCUCUUCCACGAUGGCCAGUGGUGGUUCAAUGGCAUCUGCAAUUGAUGUGAAAUCUUCGAUAUCCGUUGCAUCUUCAUCAUCGAUGGCGGGGCAACAAAGUCUACUGCUCAACACUAUUUCCCGUUUACCUUCAACGGCUGGUGGCAGCAGCAGUCAUAGCCUCUAUCGUGGUGUUAAUGGCCCCAUCAGCAGCAGCAGCCUCAGCACCACAAGUCACAACACAGCCAGCAACAUUCCCUACAUACCACCGACCACUUUAUCGGCUGGAAUUCGGAUGUUAUCCACCGUUCACUCUUCGGUGGCUCUGCCAUCAGGAGCAGCAACGACAACGGCUGCUACCAUUUCCACUGGAUUUCCGCCUGCCCAACAGCCGUUAUUAUCCACCUUGAGACCGUUUUAA